CCUCCUCCUCCUCCUCCUCCUCUCCUUCUCCUCCUCCUCCUCCUCCUCCUCUUCCUCCUCCUCCUCCUCCUCCUCCUCCGUAGCCAUUUUUUGGCCCAAGCCUCGCUUGGACCCCGUGCGGGGUCCAAACGGGGUGCGAGCCCCGUUGCCUGUCUGGCUCAGUGGGCUGCCCGACGCGCGUGGGGUCUCCUUCGGGGCGCGCGGCGGGGCGGGGUGAAACAGGCACGUCGUUAGCGGUGGCGCGCGACGAAAAAUCCGACAUUUUGUCGGUGCCUGCGGCCGCCUUCUCCCCUAACCUCCAACCUCCAUGUCCCUCCUCGCCGGUGGCCCGGGGCGGCUCGCUGGUGGCCCGGCGCGGCUGGGCGGCGGAGGCUGGGCGGCGUGGCUGGCGCCUGCCGCGGAGGAGGAGGCGUUCUGCAGGUCAGCGGCUCUGGCGGCGUGCAGGCUGGAGCAGGUGGAGUGCGUAGACCUCAGCGAGUGCGAGGUCGCCACGGAGUUCGAGGUCGACACGGAGUGCGUGGACUACUCCGACCUCGCGGCGCAGCUCGCGCAGGCGCAGGAGCUGUGCGAUGCGCUGGCUGACGAGUGCAUGGAGCUCCGUGCCCUCGCGUGGCGGCUGCGGGGAGGCGCUCGCGGCAAGCCGCACGACGAGCUGGUCGUUGGCGGCGGCUACGAGGUGGACGACGGCGUUGACGCUGACGGCAGCGACUGCGAGGCGCUGGGCGAGCUGGAGAGCAUCGUGGGGUGCGACGGCAACGCUUUCGGCAAGGAGAGCAUCGUGGGGUGCGACGGCGACCAUCAUGGGGUGCGACGGCGACGCUUUCGACAAGGACAGCGUCGCGGGGUGCGACGGCGACGCGUUCGGCAAGGGCGGCAGCGGCUGCGAGGCGCUGGACGCGCUGGAGCGCAUCGCGGGGUGCGACGGCGGCGCGGUCGGCAACGUGGAGAGCAUCGUGGGGUGCGACGGCGACGCGUACGACGGCGACAAGUUCGGCAAGGACAGCAUCGUGGGGUGCGACGGCGACGCGUUCGGCAAGGUCCCGCCCUUCCCGACGCUCUCGGAGGUGGCCGUGGAGAGCGAGCUGGAGCUCAAGGAUGCUCCUGCCCAGGCUGGCGCUCUUGGUCAGGCCGUGCUGGGCCCGAGAGUUGCCUGCUGGGCCGACGCGCUGGAGCAGCAGCAGGCGGGCGAGCAGUGCGAGCAGUUCGUGGACCAGCGCGACUGGGACAUGGUCUUCCUGGCCAACAGUGCCGCUGCCGCCAGGCGUGAGGCAGCGCUGGACGCCCGCGCGGCCGCGGAGCGCCUCGUGCAGGAUGUGCUGGUCGAGAUGCCCGUGGACGUCGAGGCGUUUGGGUGCAAGAAGAAGGCGAAGAAGAAGCAGCACAAGAAGUUGCUUCGGGCCGACGUCGUGGGGGCGACUGUGGGCUUGGACAGCGUGGCGGCGGAGGACCCUCGUCCUCCUGGCGCGGCGGGCGUCUGGGCUUUCCUCGAGAAGGCCUACGCCGCGGGCGUGCCGCCCGACAUCGCCGCCAACCUGGUGCGGGACCAGGUGGUCCUCUGAUGUUCGUCGUGGUGGGCCUCGGCGAGCUCAAGGACUGGCUCAGAAGUUGGGGGCACCCUUUGAUUGCCCUGGGGACUCGUCUGCCUGACGAGUGCGGAGUUCGUCGCGGUGCACCUCGGCGAGCUCGUGGCGGUCCUCCGAGGAGGCCGCGCCCGCGCGCGUGGCCGCGCGCGGGCGCCUGCGUGGCCGACAGUCCGCGCAGAUGCUUGCGGAAUCCUCCUCCUCCUCCUCCUCCUCCUCCUCCUCCUCCUCCUCCUCCUCCUCCUC